UGCGCCCUUUUCUACCCCUCCAGCCUCCUAUUCCAACGGGCCCAAACCCACCCCUGCCUUCCCCCGCAAGAUCGCUCGCAAUCCUUUUCCACCACCAAUAAAUCCAGCCGCCGCUGCAAAACUCGGAGCUCGUCCAUCGUCGCAUCUUCUCCAUAACCUUUGCUAUCAGAUCCAUGUCGGCCUCUACUACUCCGCCGAGCUUCGUCGGCCGCUCCGGCGUCCGCAUCGUCGUAGUAGGCGACCAAGGCACCGGCAAGUCAAGCCUCAUCAUCGCUGUUGCCACUGAGUCCUUUCCGGAAAACGUUCCCGAUGUUUUGCCCCCCACUCGUCUCCCCGCCGAUUACUACCCCGAUCGAGUGCCUCUCACCAUCAUCGAUACUUCUUCCAGUCCGGCGAGUAAGGCGACUCUUGUAGCGGAAUGCCAGGCGGCAGAUGUGAUUGUGCUUACGUACGCUUGUGACAGGCCGGCAUCGCUUGAUCGGUUGAGUUCGUACUGGCUUCCGGAGCUUCGACGCUUGGAGGUGAAAGUGCCGGUGAUUGUGGUAGGAUGUAAGUUGGAUUUGAGGGAUGAGCAACAGUCUAGCCUUGAUCAGGUAAUGUCGCCGAUUAUGCAGCAGUUUCGGGAGAUUGAGACUUGUAUAGAGUGUUCUUCUCUCAGGCAGAUCCAGGUUCCUGAGGUCUUCUACUAUGCUCAAAAGGCAGUUUUGCAUCCAACUUCCCCGCUUUUUGACCAAGAAACACAAUCUUUGAAGCCUAGAUGUGUGAGGGCUUUAAAACGGAUCUUUAUUUUAUGCGACCAUGACAGAGAUGGUGCCCUGAGUGAUGCAGAAUUGAACGAUUUUCAGGUUAGAUGUUUUAAUGCUCCUCUCCAACCUUCUGAAAUUGUGGGUGUCCAAAAGGUUGUACAGGAGAAAAUGCCUGAAGGUGUCAACGAACAUGGCCUUACCUUGACCGGAUUUCUUUUUCUUCAUGCCCUUUUUAUUGAAAAGGGCCGUCUUGAAACUACUUGGACAGUUUUGAGAAAAUUUGGAUAUGAUAAUGAUCUUAAACUAAGGGAUGAUCUCCUUCCGCCAGUAUUUAAACGCGCCCCUGAUCAGAGUGUCGAACUAGCAAAUGAAGCGAUAGAGUUCUUGAAAGGAAUCUUCUUGAUGUUUGACUCAGACAAUGAUGGGGCUUUGCAACCUGCUGAUAUUGAUGAUCUGUUUUCUACUGCCCCUGACAGCCCCUGGUCUGAAUAUCCCUACAAGGAUGCUGCUGAAAGGAAUGUACUGGGUGGUUUGUCUUUUGAAGGGUUUAUCUCUCAAUGGGCAUUGAUGACGCUUCUUGACCCAGUUGCUAGUUUGGCUAACCUCAUAUACAUUGGAUACACAAGUGAUCCUGCUUUAGCAUUUCAUAUAACCAGACGGAGGCGUCAAGAUCGCAAAAAACAGCAGUCUCAGCGCAAUGUUCUACAGUGCUUUGUUUUUGGGCCAAAGAACGCUGGAAAAUCUGCAUUGCUAGGUUCAUUAAUAGGAAGGGCCUUUUCUGAGAAGUAUACCCCAACAACCAGUGAGCGGUUCGCUGCAAAUGUAGUUGAGCUUCCCGGAGGAAUUAAGAAGACUCUUGUAAUGAGAGAAAUUCCUGAAGAUUCAGUGAAGAAGCUACUUUCAAAUAAGGAGUCAUUAGCAGCUUGCGACAUUGCUGUUUUUGUCCACGACAGUUCUGAUGCCAGCUCUUUUAACAAGGCAACCGAAUUGCUUAUUCAAGUAGCAACUCAUGGUGAAAAUAGCGGUUUUGAGGUGCCGUGCCUCAUUAUUUCUUCUAAAGAUGAUCUUGAUCCCUAUCCACUGGCCAUACAGGAUACAACGAGGGUAAGCCAGGAUAUGGGAAUUGAAACUCCCAUACCAGUCAGUUUGAAGUUAAGGGACUUGAAUAAUGUAUUUAGCAGGAUUGUUACUGCCGCACAGCAUCCCCAUCUUAGCAUUCCUGAGACUGAAGUUGGAAGACAUCGAAAACAAUAUCGACGGUUGGUGAAUCGUUCACUCAUGUUUGUUUCAGUUGGCGCUGCUGUUGCAGUCGUAGGACUCGCUGCCUACAGAGUCUACGCUUCAAGGAAAAAUUCAUCAAGCUAAAUGGUAUUAUCGUUAGUGAUGAUUCAGCUUCCCUUCUUUCCUUAGGCUGUCUUUUAUGUAUAGGGAUUAGGGAUCCAUCUAUAAGAUUUUCAGUUGAUACUUUAAAUGUAGUACUAUAGUGUUCAUUGCCUUGUGCUGAUCCAGAUUGCUAUUUGAUCUUUCUUGGAGGUCUAGGUUUUAUUUAUUUGAUAAAUUUGUGUUAUUUAGCCACAAUACCACAAAUUUGGUCAGAUUUCAAGCAACUGAAUCCAGUUUUAGAUCUUACAGAAUUUGGAUUGAAGGGCCGGGAUUUGGAGGAACAGGGGAGGAAGAGAUUGCAAGCCAAAGAGGUAUGUGUUUGGUGGACUCCAGUUUUGUUGAGGGUUUCUGGGUUUUUUUUUUUUUUUUCUUUUUGUAAUUCCAUUUUACGAGCUUAUUUGAUGCCUUUAUGCCCUGCCUUUUUCCUGUUGAGUACCCACACAAGGCCUCUCACCUCUUUAUUAUUGUAAGUACUUCUAAAUUUGUUUUUUAAUUUUGUCUUGACCUUGAAAUUAACCAUUUGCUGUUACUAUUUCUAGAAGAAUUUUAUGAUUCUGCCAUGGUUCUCUCUCA